GUGACCAGUCAGGAUAAAACUCCUGCCGUGGUGAGGAAAGCCAUGGUCAAACACAACCUGGACCGCGAGCGAGCCGAGGAUUAUGAGCUGGUCCAGAAAAUCAGUGAGGAGAAGGAGCUGAAGAUUCCCGACAACGCCAAUGUUUUCUACGCCAUGAACUCUACAGCCAACUAUGAUUUUGUCUUGAAGAAGCGAGGUUUCCCCAGAUCGGGCCGCACCAAACACGUGGCCAGCUCCACUCUGCCUCGCAUGAAGCAGAAAGGCCUAAAGAUCGCCAAGGGAAUCUUCUGAGCAGGGCAGAACUCUUCUGGAGGCGUCCGGCAGCCCAUCUGUGUGUUUACAGUCGUCUGUGCCGUCAGAGAACGCUCCGUGAGGACUGAAGCGCAUCAGAUGGAGAGCUCACGCCGCGUGAACUGCAGUACUCACAAUGCCACAGAGCUGAUCACAUGACAGGAAGCGGCGCUCAUCUGAAUGUGUCCGGCGAUGCGUCUCCAUGCUUCACGCCGGUGCUCAGGCCACUUCUGUCUCAAGCUUUACUUUCUCACAUGACUGUGAAAAUCGUCGUUUGACAACAAAGUCACUUUUUGGCCUCUAUAAAGGAGGUUUGUUUGUAAAUUUGCAUAGUGAACAUGAUGAACAUGUGUCUGACAUGAUGAGUGUUUUUAUUAUAAAGGGGAAAUGAAUGUCUCCAUUUUGCCGACGCUCUCGUCAGCUGGGUUUCCAUCAGCCUGUGUUAAUUAAGUAUCACAAGAGAAACGAGUGAACUAAAAAAAAUCGCUAAAGUUUUUAUGCUCACUUGAGCACUUGAUGAACACUACACCCUCAUGACUCCAUCUUCCUUGCCUUGUUUGCUUUUGGUUGCUAGGUUACCAAUACUACAGUGAGCCGCUCUAACAAUAGCUGUGUUUCCAUCCAAAGAUGCGUAAAACUGUAAUAUGGUAUUAAACAUUAGACACUGUUAUCAGAUAUCACUGAGGGAAGUGGAGUCUGCUGCACUGUGGGGAUUCUCCACUGUGCUGUUUGUUCUCCUCCAAUAAUUGAGCUGCGCCUCACAACACCAACACCAAACGCAGUGAACACGGUGAAUGCGGUGGCUUUUGGAGGCUGAGACGGGAGCGCAGACAGAUGCUCAAGACAGUUCUGGAGGGAAUAAUAGAAGAAGAAGAAUACUGAAGCACUGUGAUGACGGAGGGCUGAGGCCUUUUACAAUCAGCACAACAACAUUUAAAGCUGCAAACCAACAGUAAUGAUGCAAAGUCCCUCAAACACACUAUUAUAUCUGAUCAGCAUCUGGCAGAAACUACAGCACUGAAGCGCAGACACUGAUGAAGCGCAGGCAGGUUAUUCACUAAUUGUGUUUAUGCACACUGGACAAAACGUUCAUCCUACUCAUGUUAAGCGCAUCGUGACGUUUCCAUUCAGCAUUUUGUUUAACGCGAUAUUCCAGAAAUGUGCAUACAAAUAGGUGGAUGGAAUCACCGCUAAUGAUGGAAACGCUCCUGAUUCACAUUUAUACUUUUUGGCGAAAAGAUCUGCUACAGGUCACUAUGGAAACCCGGCGAUAGAGAGCUGCAACUCGUUCUCAUGAAGCUUCAGUAUCUUCGCAUUCGCCUGACUGGCUGGAAAAAGACAACUUCAGCUGCUGUGUGGAGUAGGGUCUGUCUGCUGACUGCAAGACGAGUGCAACAUGAAGGGGCGUAACUUGUAGUUCGUUAGAGGCGUAACAUGAAGUUAUGAAAACCCACAUGUCAUAACUAUGUUGUCGGCAAGAUGGCGCUGUACAUUAGUUAUUUACUUCUACACCUACUCUACACCUAAACCCAACCAUCACAGUUAUUAAUAAUGUCUACACCUUCCCCAACUAUUAACCCAACCAUCACAGUUAUUAACGUCUACCCCAACCCUAAAAACGACCAUCAUCAUCAUUAAUGUCUACACCUUCCCCAAACCUAAACCCAACCAUCGUCUUUGUUAAUGUCUACACCUUCCUAACCCCUAAACCCAACCAUCUCAGUUAUUUACAUCUACACUUAUUUCCAUCUCUCAUCUCGCGAGUAUUUCCAUCUCUCAUCGUUCAAUGGGAUCUCGAAAACUGCAAGUUAAGCCUCUCUAACUUACUGCAAGUUACAUCCCUUCAUGUUACGCCCCGUCCUGCAGUCCGCAGACAGAUACACCUGUCUGUGUGCGCACAUUGAUGUGUGAAAGCCCCUUCUGUAAUGCACUGUGUUUGACCCGAUAUUCUGACUGUAGUGUUGGGAGAUUUGCUGUGUGUUGUCGCUCUGUAUCAGUGCUCCAGAGACUCUGGCACAGUAUUACUGCACUGGGAAACACAGAGUUUCUCAUCAAAUGUGGGAAGAGAGAAGUGGAUGUGAAGUGUAACGCCAGUCUGUAGAUCAUUAAGACUGAAUCUGUGUGAGUGUCUCGGUGAGUGUGAGUGUGUGUGCAUGUGCUUGCUACACGUUUAAUGUCUGUGUUUUGCGUGUUCAUGUCUUGUGUUUUUUGACAACGACACCCAAAGGGCCAAAGAUCUCAGUCGUCCAGUGAGGUCAGCACUGCCUGUUCAGGAAACCGAGAUCAGAUCUGAACACCACCGCUGUUGGUGCCAUUUGUCUUUUUCACUGUCUAAACAUAUUUACAAAAAUAUACUUUACUAUAACACACACACACACGCUGAUUUUGUAUGUUCUUUUUUGUAAUUUUUGUACAAUAUGAAUCGUCCUUUGUACUUCUGCCUUUGGUUUGGUUCGUGAGCGUGUAUGUGUAUUUAUUGAUUUGUAAAUACUUUUUGUAGCAUUGUACAUUUAGUUUCCUCUCCCAUGUAAUUAUGAAUUAAUAUGUACAUAUGAAUAUAUCUACGCGAAGUUUAUACCGCUGCAAAUAAGGGAUUGUGUUUCUUUUCAGCUGUUUUCUGUUUGUCUCGUCUUUUUUCAUGGUUUCAAUUUGAUAUUGUUAUUAUUUUCUCCUUAUGAUGCACUGUUUCUAAUAUUGAAGAAAAAACAGCUAAUAAACACAAGCAGUGCGUUUCA